CACGCACUAUCUCUGGACGGGACACAAAUUAACCUAAUCAAGCACCGCGGCCGUAGCAUUCUCGGGUGAUCUUCAGUCGGAAGAAGCUGUACACGAUUUUCGUCGGAAACCUUGCAAACGUAAUGGUUCUCAAGCUUGCCCAGUUUGCUAGCCGCGCUAUCGGAGGCCGUGCAUAUUAUUCGACGUCCGGCAAAAGACACGAUGUUGUGAUCGUGGCCGCCACCCGUACUCCGAUUGGAAGCUUCCAGAGCAGCCUGUCAUCGCUGUCCGCUUCCCAGCUCGGUGCCGUUGCCGUGGAGUCGGCUGUAAAGCAGGCUGGCAUCGGGAAGGAGGACGUGCAGGAGGUGUACAUUGGCAAUGUGAAUGCUGCCGGCAUGGGACAGGCGCCGGCUCGCCAAGCUGUCAUCUUUGCCGGGCUGCCCAAAUCGACCAUCUGCACCACCGUCAACAAGGUGUGUUCGUCCGGCAUGAAGAGCGUUAUGCUCGGGGCACAAACGCUUAUGCUUGGCCAGCAAGAGGUAAUCGUGGCCGGCGGAAUGGAAUCGAUGUCGAACGUGCCGUACUAUCUGAAGCGCGGCAGCACACCGUACGGUGGAGUUAACCUGAUCGACGGUAUUGUGUUCGAUGGGCUGACCGAUGUGUACAACAAGUUCCAUAUGGGAAAUUGUGCGGAAAACACGGCCAAACAGAUGGGCAUUACGCGCAAGGAUCAGGACGAGUUUGCCAUCAACAGCUACAAGCGCAGUGCUGCCGCCUGGAGCGCGAAAGCGUUCGAUGCCGAAAUCACACCCGUGCGGAUUGCGGGCAAGCGCGGCAAACCGGACAUCGUUGUGGCCGAGGACGAAGAGUACAAGCGCGUAAACUUCGACAAGUUCGGGCAGCUAGCGACGGUGUUCCAGCGGGAGAAUGGUACCGUGACGGCUGGUAAUGCUUCCACGCUAAACGAUGGCGCAUCGGCCGUGGUGCUGAUGACGGCCGAAGCGGCCGAACGGUUCAAGUGUAAACCAUUAGCACGGGUAGUCGGAUUUGCCGAUGCCGAAACGGAUCCGAUCGAUUUUCCGAUCGCCCCGGCAUUGGCCGUACCGAAGCUGCUAGAACAGACAGGCGUACGCAAGGAGGAUGUGGCCAUGUGGGAAAUCAAUGAAGCAUUUUCGCUGGUAGUUGUGGCCAAUCAGCGCAAGCUUGACAUCGAUCCGGAGAAAGUGAACAUCCACGGUGGAGCGGUUUCCCUCGGUCAUCCGAUCGGUAUGUCCGGUGCCCGGUUGGUAACCCAUCUGACGCACGCCCUGAAAGCGGGACAGGUUGGUUGUGCCUCGAUCUGCAACGGUGGUGGCGGAGCGUCCUCGAUCCUGAUUGAAAAGCUGUAAGCAACGAUUAUUUACCCGGCAAUUCCAAUGUAAUGUUACGGGGGAUGGGAAUUCGAUACGCAAAUACCUCUGUUCCGGCUCGCGGGUGUAACGGAAAUGAAUGUGCAUUUACUAGAUUAGUACGACACGACACGAGAUUAGUGCCACACGGCGAGACCUCUUUACUACAGUUUCCCAAUCAAAUCAAACGUAUAUUUUGCUAUGCUACAAGCGGUUUUAUUAAAAUUCAAUAAAAUUGAAAUCUACAGUU